AUGAACUCUGAAGAACUUAUUCAAUAUCAAUAUCAAUUGGAUCAAGUAAACCUUGCAUUGCAAACUGACCCAGAAAAUAAUGACCUUUUAAAGCUUAAAACUGAUUUAACUGAACUAAUUAGUCUCACCACUGCACUUGUGCAAAAUGAAGUUUCUCAAUCACCCAAUAAACAUACUAAAUCGCCUAUUUCACCGAAAGGUAGUACUUCAACACCUUCCACACCAAACGGUUCUUCCUCGAGCGGAUUACCCCUCUUUACAAAACCUCUCCAGGUCGGUGAUACGUGUCUUGCACGUUGGUCAGGUGAUGGCGAAUUUUAUCCAGCGCAAAUAACGGCUAUCGGAGGUGGGGAUCAAGUAUUUUCAGUGAUUUUUAAAGGGUAUAAUAACGUGGAGUUGGUGAAUGUUCAAGAUAUUAAACCGAUUAUGAAAAGUAAGCGUAAGAGUUCUACGGAUAAAAAAGAUAAAGAACAAAAAAAGAGGAAAGCGGGGGAUGGUCAAAGAAAAGUUAAUGAACAAGUGCAAAAACAAAAAUCUUGGCUUGCAUUUGCAAGUGGAGCCGCUGUUGCUCCGGGUAAAAAAGCAACGAAAACAAAAAGAUUAACCCAGCCACCAAUUAAUAAAAAAAGUAUAUUUGCUACACCUGAUAAUCCCGAAGGAAAAGUGGGAGUUGUUGGGAGCGGUAAACCCAUGACACAUUUUCAACAACGCGGCAAACAUAUAUUUGAUCGAGAUUGA